AUGGGGAGUGGCCGGCCGCCAACGCCAUUGCUGGGCCUUGUGCUCCUGCUUCUGGCGGCGCCGCUCGCUGGAGCCCGCCAGCCGGCGUACAAGGACCCGAGGAAGCCGGUGGCGGCCCGCGUGAGGGACCUGCUUAAGAGGAUGACCCUCUCCGAGAAGAUCGGGCAGAUGACGCAGAUCGAGCGAGCCGUCGCCUCCGCCGACGUCAUGAAGGAGUACGCCAUUGGUAAGGGGCCUGAUGAAUGAUGAUGAUGAUGAUGAUCUUGGGAAAACGGCGGCGGAUGGGGCUGAUGUCCGGUGGUUUUUGACUUUAGGGAGCGUGCUGAGCGGCGGCGGGAGCGUCCCGGCGGCGCGGGCCUCCGCCAAGGAGUGGCUCGACAUGGUCAAUGGGCUCCAGAAGGGCAGCCUCUCGACCCGCCUCGGCAUUCCGAUGAUUUACGGCAUCGACGCUGUCCAUGGCCACAACAACGUCUUCAAGGCCACCAUCUUCCCCCACAACGUCGGCCUCGGUGUCACCAGGCAACUCUCUCUCUCUCUCUCUCUCUCUCUCUCUCUCUCUCUCUCUCUCUGAUAAUUAUCUCGUCAGGGACCCGGAGCUCGUGAAGAAGAUCGGCGCCGCCACCGCGCUGGAGGUCAGAGGGACGGGCAUCCAGUACGCCUUCGCGCCGUGCAUCGCCGUAAAGAAAUCUAGCAUAUUUUUUUAGCUCUCAGAAAAUUUGAUCGCCCGAUUUGAUAUGUUCAUCCGAUUUGAUUCGAAUUGGCCCGUCUGGGUGGGUUUGACCAGGUCUGCCGCGAUCCGAGGUGGGGGCGCUGCUAUGAGAGCUACAGCGAGGACCCCAAGAUCGUGGAGAUGAUGACGGAGAUCAUCCCCGGGCUUCAGGGGGAUCUCCCGGCGGACUCCCGUAGGGGGGUUCCCUUCGUAGCCGGAAAGUAGGACGUUGACCUCCUCUCUCCUCCUUCCUCCUUCCCCUCGCCCUGUAAUUGAAUGGCGUUGACCUCGAUCGUACUCUUGGGCAGGGAGAAGGUGGCAGCCUGCGCCAAGCACUUUGUGGGGGACGGCGGGACGACCGGCGGGGUCAACGAGGACAACACCAUCAUUGACCAGCGUGGACUCCUUGGGAUCCACAUGCCCGGCUACUACCGCGCAGUCGUCAAGGGGGUCUCCACGGUCAUGAUCUCCUACUCGAGCUGGAAUGGCAAGAAGAUGCACGCUAACCGGGAGCUGGUCACCGGCUUCCUCAAGAACAAGCUCCGCUUCCGGGUCAGAAAAAGAAUCUCAAGCUUCAAUUUUUCGUCAAUUCCUGUUCGUCGAUCGACGGGGGCUGUGGGAUUUUUCUGACGGGCAUUGAAAAAAUCAUAUGGAUCUUUCCAGGGGUUCGUGAUCUCAGACUGGCAGGGGAUCGAUCGGAUUACUUCCCCCCCCGGCGCCAAUUACACCUACUCCGUGUUGACUUCGAUCAAUGCGGGGCUUGACAUGGUUGGUCAACAAUAUUCGAUCGGAAAAUUUCUAUGAUAUUCAGUCGCUUAGAUCUCAGAAAUCUGUUUCUGGUGCGUAAAAAUGGUUUCCUUGCUCCAUUCAGAUCAUGGUGCCCUUCGACUACCGAGGAUUCAUCAGCAACCUGACCUUCCUCGUUCAGAACAAGUUCAUCCCCAUAAGCCGCAUCGACGACGCCGUCCGCCGGAUCCUCCGGGUCAAGUUCACCAUGGGCCUCUUCGAAAGCCCCCUCUCCGAUCUCUCCCUCGCCAGCCACAUCGGAAGCCCGGUCCUCUCUCUCUCUCUCUCUCUCUCUCUCUCUCUCUCUCUCUCUACCCAUCUCCUCUCUCUCUCUAUCUACCCUUCAUCUCUGUGUAUAUACAUGUGGAUGGUGAAUUGACAUUUCUGGGUUGUGGGUGGUGGGCAGGAGCAUCGGGAGCUGGCAAGGGAGGCGGUGAGGAAGUCUCUGGUUCUCCUGAAGAACGGCAAGGACGGCGGGGAGCCGCUGCUGCCCUUGACCAAGAGCGCCCCGAAGAUCCUGGUCGCCGGCAGCCACGCCGACAACCUGGGCUACCAGUGCGGUGGCUGGACCAUGGAGUGGCAAGGAGUCAGCGGCAACGACGUCACCGUUGGUGCGGAGUUCCGGCCCUGCUUCUUCCCCAGAUCUUCUGCCGGUGUUAUUUCUUUCCUUUGAUCCCCGAGAUUUUCUCUUCUCUUCUGUUUGUUCGGCUGCCGGAGCAGGGACGACGAUCCUCGCCGCCGUGAGAGCGGCGGUGACGCCGUCGACGGAGGUGGUCUUCUCCGAGAGCCCCGACCGGAGCUUCGUGGAGAAGGGCGGCUUCUCCUACGCGAUCGUGGCGGUGGGGGAGACGCCCUACGCGGAGACGAAGGGCGACAGUCAGAACCUCACCGUGACGGAGCCGGGCGGCGCCGCGGUGAGUGCGGCGUGCGGCGGCAGCGUGAGGUGCGUGGUGGUACUGGUCACGGGGCGGCCGGUCGUGGUGGAGCCGUUCAUGGGGGCGGUGGACGCGCUGGUAGCGGCGUGGCUUCCCGGCACGGAGGGGCAGGGUGUGGCGGACGUGCUGUUCGGGGACUACGGCUUCUCGGGGAAGCUGGCGCGCACCUGGUUCAGGUCACCCGCGCAGCUCCCGAUGAACGUCGGAGACCCCCACUACGACCCGCUCUUCCCCUUCGGCUUCGGCCUCACGACGAAGCCCCGCAAGGGGAGCGUGAGCCCUUGA